GGCACACUCAGGGGAGGCUGCGACUGGUCCUAAUCCACAUGCGUCAGUGGCUACAUGCUUGGGGGAAUAAAAUUUCAUUUUAGCCGCUGACUGCUGCCUUUACGUUCAUCUUCUCGCCCACUUGUGCUCACACAUUUAUGCUGUGUGCUCUAAACACUCUCACCCGUGUAACAUCCUCCAAAGGCGUGCUCUUCUCCAGAAUGGGGAAAAGAAGCAGACAGAGGCAAAAGAACCCACCUCCAGCAGGCAGAGACCACAGAGACAUGCCAGGCUGGGGUGCUGGCUACGCUGACAUUGUGAAGGAAAACAAGCUGUUUGAGCACUACUACCAGGAGCUGGGCUUGGUGCCGGAUGGAGAAUUUGAGGAUUUUAUGGCCGCCAUGAGAGAACCGCUGCCAGUCACCAUCCGCAUCACUGGAUACAAGAGCCACGCCAAGGAGAUCCUGCAUUGUCUGAAGGACAAGUACUUUAAGGAGCUGGAGAUUGACGGGCAGAAGAUUGAAGCGCCGCAGCCUCUCAGCUGGUAUCCUGACGAGCAGGCCUGGCACACCAACCUGAGCCGGAAGGUCAUUCGCAAGUCUCCCCUGCUGGAGAAGUUCCACCAGUUUCUUGUGAGCGAGACCGAGUCGGGUAACAUCAGCCGCCAGGAAGCCGUCAGUAUGAUUCCUCCUCUCCUGCUGAAGAUUGAGUCUCACCACAAAAUCCUGGACAUGUGUGCAGCUCCUGGGUCCAAGACAGCCCAGCUCAUUGAGAUGCUGCAUGCUGACAUGGAAGUGCCCUUUCCAGAGGGCUUCGUCAUCGCCAACGACGUGGACAACAAGCGCUGCUACCUGCUGGUGCACCAGACCAAGCGCCUCAACAGCCCGUGCAUCGUGGUGGUCAACCACGACGCCUCCUGCAUCCCCACACUGCGCAUCCAGACGAACGGGAAGAAAGAUGUCCUCUUCUACGACCGCAUCUUGUGUGACGUACCCUGCAGCGGGGACGGCACCAUGAGGAAGAACAUCGACGUGUGGAAGAAGUGGACCACCAGCAACAGCCUGCACCUUCACGGCCUCCAGCUGCGUAUAGCGGUCCAUGGUGUGGAGCAGCUGGCUGUGGGCGGGAGGAUGGUCUACUCCACCUGUUCACUCAACCCCAUUGAGGACGAAGCUGUCAUAGCGGCGCUAUUGGAGAAGAGUGAAGGAGCACUGGAGCUUGUGGACUGCUCUUCAGACCUGCCAGGCUUGAAGUGGAUGCCCGGCGUCACUUCCUGGAAGCUGAUGACCAAAGAGGGCAAGUGGUACCCUGACUGGUCGGCGGUUCCAAGCAGCCGGCACACUCAAAUCCGACCCACCAUGUUCCCGCCCACUGACACCGAGAAACUGGCAGGCAUGCAUCUGGAGAGAUGCAUGAGGAUUUUGCCCCAUCACCAGAACACAGGAGGUUUCUUUGUGGCCGUGUUGAUGAAGAAAGCCCCCAUGCCCUGGAACAGAAGAUACCCCAAGCUUGGGAGAGACGCCUCGUCUGGCACCGAGGCCCAAACACAGAGCUCCUCGGGGGCCCCUGCACCGACUCCCUGCCUCCCCGAGAGCAUCGCCGCAGACGGAGAAGAGCGGGAGGAAGACGGCGCCGAGGGCACAGUAGACGGAGAUGCCCAGGAGGGAACAGCCAAAGAAGAUCAGGAGAAGAGUGACAAUCAGGAUGGCGUGUGUGGGCCUCCACCGUCCAAGAAGGUGAAACUGUUUGGCUACAAAGAAGAUCCUUUUGUGUUCCUAAGUGAAGAUGAUCCCAUCUUCACCUCCAUGCAAUCUUUCUACGAUUUGUCUGCGGACUUCCCCAAGCUCAACGUCCUGAGCAGAACCCACGAGGGCAAGAAGAGACACUUGUACAUGGUGUCCAAGGAGCUGCGCAACGUGCUGGUCAACAACUGCGAGCGCAUGAAGGUGAUAAACACAGGAGUGAAAGUGUGGUCUCGCAACAGUGAUGGAGAAGAGUUCGGUUGUGCCUUUAGAGUGGCUCAAGAGGGCAUCUACACUCUGCAGCCGUACAUUCGCUCCAGGAUCAUCACGUUGAGCGUGGAGGAUGUGAAGGUGCUGCUGACUCAGGAGAAUCCCUUCCUCAGCAAGCUGGAGGAGCACGCCCACGCUCAAGCCAAGAAAAUGGACAUGGGCAGCAUCGUCUUGAAGUACAUCCCCGACCCCCAGAAGCCCUCGGAGCCUCAGUGUCCCAUCCGGCUGUGCGGCUGGAGAGGCAAGACGUCCAUCCGAGCCUUCGUGGCCCGGAACGAGCGCUACCACUACCUGCGCAUGCUGGGCGUGGAGGUGUUCAGGGACAAGCAGGGCGCCGGCCAGAAAGCUCCAGAGGACCAGAACCCAGCAGAGCAGGAUGACUCGGCCACAAAGAUGGAGGAGAGCAACGGCUGAGGAGGAUGAAAGACAAACUGAGCACACGGAGACUCACCCAAUACAGCGAGGAUGGUCCACAGCCAACGUGUCAGUGAUGACAGUCACCAGACAAGUCUAAACCUCCAUCUUCUGGAAGAGACAAACAAGAAGACACAAGUAAACAUUUGGUGGACGCACCUAUCCAGCAGCGCUUGGGGAAAAGUUGCGGUGCUGAAUAUUUAGCUGCCAGCACAGGAGCUCCAUGGCCACAAUCUACUCAUCUUAUCUUUGGGCUUGAAAGAAGAGGAUGGCUGUCAAGAAGAGAAAGGCAAGAGUGCAGCUCAUUCAAUUGUUCUCACUUUCAGUGAUUGCACACUUGCUUCAAAGAUUUAUGGAAGCACACACACACAAACACACACACACACACACACACUACCAUCUGGCUAUUUAAACGCGACCAUGAGUCAAAGUAACCUUUAACAGCUUUAAAACUCCUGAUCAGUUAGUUUGAUUUGAUUUUUACUUUGGGUAUGUUAGUUCAUUUUAUGUUGUCAUAUAUUAAAAAUGAGCUGGUCUUCAACUU